GUUACAAGGAUGAGAAGAAGAAAGCGGACCGCCACGGGGCCUCUUCCGACCCCAUUUACACCCCGAUCCAGGAGGACUACAGCGACCCCGAGAGCCCCCAGUCCAGCCUCUCGUCCCACUACUUCCAGGGCGAAGCGGCCGUCACCGAGAGCUACUCGAUGGAUGCCUUCUUUAUCGACGGGCGGUCCCGCCGGCCGGGGGAGGCCCCUCGGCGCGGGGGCCACCGCCACGCCUGCCCCGAGUGCGGCAAGACCUACGCCACCUCCUCGAACCUCAGCCGGCACAAGCAGACGCACCGCAGCCUGGAUAGCCAGAUGGCCCGCAAGUGCCCGACGUGCAGCAAAGCCUACGUCUCCAUGCCCGCCCUGGCCAUGCACCUGCUGACGCACAACCUCAAACACAAGUGCGCGGUCUGCGGCAAGGCCUUCAGCCGGCCGUGGCUGCUUCAGGGACACAUGCGCUCCCACACGGGGGAGAAGCCCUUUGGCUGCUCCCACUGCGGAAAGGCCUUCGCCGACCGCUCCAACCUGCGCGCCCACAUGCAGACCCACUCGGCCCAUAAGCACUACCGCUGCAAGCAGUGCCAGAAGACCUUUGCCCUCAAAUCCUACCUCCACAAACCCUACGAGUCCGCCUGCUUCAAGGGGCCGGAGCACAUGGGUUGGACUUCACUGAAGGUGAAUUACGGAAGUCCACCACAGCUGAAGAGCACCAAGCCAAUUAAGGAAACGCUGAGCACCAUUCAUGGAAAGCCUGCAGAGACCCAAGGACUGAGGCACAGUCUCAAGACUCAACCAGUGUUCUUGAGGUGCCACAUGAGCAAAGAAGCUCUGGAUCUGCCUGGCAGAUGGCUUGGGAAAGGAUCUUCAGGACAGCUCGGUCUCUAUAGUCAAUAUCUCUUGGUUGAUCCCCAGGAGAAGCCCAAGAACCUCAGCCUGAAGGACCCCUUUCCAGACAUUCAUGAAAAAGGACACGUUGAUGGGUCCAUGGCAUUGCUCAGCUGUCCCCAACCUGCUGUCCCCAGGAUACACCACACUCUAACGCUCAUUCUGUCCAGCUAUCACAGUUCCCAUCCUUUCCAGCUGGGGCUGAUGGCAGCUGUUGUCCAACACAUCCAGGGCACCAAGUUGGGGAGCAACACUUUUGCACAACUCUGUGGCAAACCUAACUCCUGCACUUUGAGCGUGCAGCUGCCCCCUCUUUUUAGGAAGCAGGUUGAAGCCUUCUUGCAACCACAGUGA